AUGGAGGAAAUCUUCUGGAAGCAUACAUUAGCGAUUGAGAAGGAUUCGCUGAAGAGAAAACGGGUAGUCCAUGCCCCAUCAGCAGGAGUCGAAGAUCAGAGUCUGAAACGUUAUUUUUCCAUGUCGUCGGCGGCUCGUCGACACACCAAGAGAGUCAGCAAGCAGGGCGAGCGUGCAAGGACGCAUGCUCUGCAUACCCAGCUCGAUGAGAUGGUUCCUCUUCGAAGGGCACCCGAGGGAGGAAAGCUACAGUCGAAGAGGACGGUGUCUCAGCUGCUGGAAGACACGGUUGCUCAUGUAAGGAACGAGAGGAUGCGAGGGUCGACUAGCGAGCGCAAGGAAGUCAAGGAGGAUGUCAUGGAGGAGGAGGAGGUGGUGGUGGAGGAGGAGGGCCAGCUGCUCUCUGGCGACAUGUUGUUGCAAGGGAUGCUUUCGUCGCGCUCGUGCAACUUCAUGGUGCUCAAUCUUGACACCUUGAAGAUCUUGUCGGCCAGUCGAUCAGCGUCGGACCUCUUCCAAGCUUUCACCCUCUGCCCCCUGCUUGGAAUGAACAUCCUCUUCAUGGUCCAUCACAGAGACGUGGCUGUGGUUCAAGAAUACCUCCAGUCGUUCCAGGGGGACAGGGAGAGGGGAGCGAUAGAGGCUUCUGUGCUGACGUUUCAAGGGAGUGCCGGGAUAGCCUAUGUCACUUUCAAGAUGCUCAUUACGAAGGCCGUGGACUCUGAACGACGCUUCCUCUUCCUCGAGCUCCACCGGGAGGAGACAGUGAGGGUUCACAAGCCUGACACCAUGCAGAUGAUGUCGAUUGACCUCCAGGACUGGACCAGCUUCGACUUCCAGAGGUUCGCUGGAGUCUUCCGGUUCGACGACUUUCUGUCCCAGGGCUCCCCGUGGGAUCUUGACGAGCAGACCAGCGAGCUGAUAGGCAGGAACACCAAGAACCCCAGCCUCUGGAGCCACAUGUCCUCGAGCUUCAUGCGCAACCAGCAGGUCGGCGCAUUGAUCCGCCGCAUCUCGUCCGAGGUCGGGCUGCAGAUCGCGCGGCUCGUCAAGAUGAUGCUGCAGUUUCAUUGUGCAGUAGAGGUAGACGAGCAUGGGACUCCCUUUUUCGUCACCUACGUCCGUAUGAAGCUUCCUUCCUACCUCGGCUCCUUCAAGCUCGACUGGUUCGAGUUGCUCCGGAUCGACUUGAAUGGGACCCCCAAGAAGGUGCCAGGGAGCGCAAACCUGCAAACAGCCACGUUCAUCCACCAGAAGGCGAGGAAGGGAACGCUUGCUUUCUCUCAGUUUCUGUUCUACGAGGAGGGAGGAGGGUUGAAGUGCUACCAGACCAAGCUGCUAGAGCUUGAUAGCGAAACCAUGCAGAUCUGCUACUCGGGUGAUUGUCCGGCCAAGUUCAGGAACGUGCUGGUCAAGGUGGAGGACCUGGACCCCCGCGUGUAUCCAUCGAUGCAGCCAGUGGCAGGAGGAGAAGGACGAUAA